AGUGCGUAACUCUUGCGUGGCCUCGGAUAGAAGAGAAAAAUGACAAGUUCUACUCCUCUGGAGAGCAGAGGCGCGGGAGAUGAAAGGAGAAAGGCGGAGGCCUCGGGCGGCGAUGGCAAGCGGCCACCAAAUCCGCACAUAAAGUCCAGGAAUUUAGACACGAAGGGAAAGAACGCAAACGCGUCAAAAUACCGCGAUAACGACGCGUCGGCCAACGUGGUCAAGGCCAUUGGCCCUUACGUUCAGUGUAGCAUCUGCAGCAAACUUUGCUCUAGACAGGGACACAUAAAGUGCGCUGAAUGUGUCGAUUUCAACAUUUGCGUCAAGUGUUUUAGCUCCGGACUCGAGAAAGCGGACAGUAGCGCCUUGGCGAGUUCAUUCGUCCCGAGCGUAGCCACGGGGAAUAGUAACGUGAAGCAUAAGAAUACACACAAAUACAUUCCAGUCGGACCAGCCAAUUUUGCGCUUUUCACAAAAGACUGGUCCGCGGAGCAAGAGUUGCUAUUGGUCGACGCAAUUGCAAAGUAUGGCCUGGGAAAUUGGACAGAAGUAUCCGAAAUGGUAACAAUGGCCUAUGCGGGCUACAAAUCUGAAGAGGAAUGCGAAUCGCACUAUUAUAAAAUAUAUUUAAAUUCUCCAACCCCUCCAAUCCCGGACUUGACUAGUCUGGUUUAUGAUGAGAAUGGAAAACCACUAAUUGUCCACCCUUCUGGUGUAUGCCCAACUCAGGAAAAGCCAAAGCCCGCAGUAUCCAAUAAACCGCAGGCAAAACCACAGAUCAUUGGCUAUUGGCCACUGAGGGGUGAUUUUGACAUUGAGUACGACAACGAUGCAGAGCUCAUUUUAGCUGACAUGGAGUUUAGACCUGAGGACACUCCAGAACAGAUUGAGCUCAAGUUAAAUGUCAUUGAAAUUUAUAAUUCCAAAUUGGAUGAACGUAUUUAUCGCAAAAAAGUCAUUAUUGAAAGAGGUCUGCUGGACGCCAAGUCCCUGCAGCAAAAGGAACGCAAGUACACUUCGGAAGAGAAGGAGCUUUAUAAUCUCCUUAAGCCAUUCCUACGCUUCCAGACUGCAGAAGAGCACGAUCAGACCGUACAACUCAUAGUAAAGGAGAGGAAGCUGCGCUCUAAGCUCUACCAACUUAUGGUAUGGAAAACUUUGGGAUUAAAGACCCAAGAGGACGUUCGAAAGUAUGAAGAGAAAGUACACCGUAUAGAGGAAUAUAAAGAUUUUCUUGUAAAGCAGGAGUCGGAUCCAUCGAGAAGACAUGAGAGGAGACUACGUGCCAAUGCUUUAGACUUGGAAGCUUCUAGUGGAUUGGCUAUGAAUAGACUCAAAAUUACAGAAUUUUUGGAUGACAACGAGAUUGAGUUUUGUGAAUCUCUCCAGUUGCCACCAAUUUCCUAUUUCCUCGCAAAGCGUGUCCUACUACAGGAAUUAGCUUGCAACACAAUCUACUCCGUGGAGGAUAUGUGCAACGAGCUAAGGAUUGAUGGUACAAAGCAAGGCCGAAUUUUCGAUUUUCUGCUCAUGUUAUCUCCAAAGGCCCUUAGAAACAUGGAAACUGAAGUAUGCGACCUAAGCAAGGCUACUCUGGACAACGAAGGUUUCAUUGAUCACACCAAAGUCGUCAGCCAGAUUACACUCACGAAUAACAACGUAGCGCCGGUAUUUGAUAGAUUUGGAUGCAACAAAAUUGCUACAUACAUGAACAGCUUGGAUAAUGAGCAGGAGGCAAAGUCGGUACCCAUUUUCGGCAACCAACAAAAGGGCGGCGUAUCUCUCGAGCGGCCUAUCAAACAGCAAAAGUUGUAAUUUUUAACGUUUUAUCACGUAG